CUACCGCUCUCUUUUGAUAUUCCGGAGCCCAAAGAGAUCAUGGCCUGGGUCAAAGGAACAUUGCUGAAUGUUUUACUGCUGCUGCUGCUGCGGCUGCUGCUGCUGUCUGCUCAGACCCUGCCCCUAGUAGCAGCGGGAGAUCCACACAAUUGUGAUGUUCCUUUGGCUUCUUCUUUGCCCCAGUUAUCCUUCAGCAGCUCCUCACAGCUGUCCAGCAGCCAUGGCCCUGGCUUUGCAAGACUAAACCGAAGAGAUGGAGCUGGUGGAUGGACACCACUUGUGUCAAAUAAGUAUCAGUGGCUGCAGAUUGACCUUGGAGAACGAAUGGAGGUCACUGCUGUGGCCACCCAGGGGGGAUACGGGAGUUCUGACUGGGUGACCAGCUACCUCCUGAUGUUCAGUGAUGGUGGAAGGAACUGGAAGCAGUAUCAUCAAGAAGAAAGCAUCUCGGGAUUUUCAGGAAACACAAACGCAGACAGUGUGGUACAGUAUAGUCUCCAGCCCUCCUUCCACACCAGGUUCCUGCGCUUUCUCCCCUUAGCCUGGAACCCCAAGGGCAGGAUUGGAAUGCGGAUAGAAGUAUAUGGGUGUUCAUACAAAUCUGAGGUGGUUUAUUUUGAUGGACAAAGUUCUCUGCUCUACAAAUUUGAUAACGGAGCCAUAAGACCAAUAAGAGAGGUUAUUUCUUUGAAAUUUAAAGCCAUGCAGAACAGCGGGAUUAUAUUCCAUAAAAAAGGACAACAUGGGACUCACAUUGUUUUGGAGUUAAUCAAAGGAAAGCUUGUUGUUUAUCUUAAUUCAGGCAAUGGAAACCUGCCCCCUGUUGGUUCUAUCAUGAACUUCACCCUAGGCAGCCUUCUGGAUGACCUGCACUGGCAUUCUGUGCUCAUUGAGCUCCAAAACAUGCAUGUGAACUUCACCCUGGACAAACACAUGCAUCAUGUACAUGUGAACAAGGAAUCCAGUUACUUGGAUCUUAAUUUUGAGAUCAGCUUUGGAGAAAUUCUGAUGCCUGGAGGGCAUUUCCUGACAUUCCCACAUAAAAGUUUUCAUGGAUGUUUAGAAAAUAUUUAUUUUAAUGGAGUCAAUAUUAUUAAAUUAGCCAAGAAACACGAACCACAAAUCUUAAUUAAGGGAAAUGUGUCCUUCACAUGCCCACAACCACAGACAGUUCCAGUGACUUUUCUGAGUUCUGGGAGUUACCUGGCUUUGCCAGGCAGUUUAAGGGAAGAUAAAAUGUCCCUUGCUUUUGAGCUCCGAACGUGGAACAAGGAAGGAUAUGUGUUUUUUAGCCAACUGGGGCAUGGUUCAGGAAGUUUGGUCCUGUUUCUUAAGAGUGGAAAACUCAUUCUGAGCCUUUCUGAGCCAGGUCAACCCUUGAAGAACAUCACGACAGGUGUCGUACUGAAUGACGGGCUGUGGCACUCAGUUUCUUUGUCUGCUCAGGGCAGCUACCUAAGUCUCACGGUAGAUGGAGACUCCUCUGCUCAGACUCUGUCUGUAUGGAUUCAUUCAGGCAAUACUUACUAUUUUGGAGGUUGUCCUGACAACAGCUCUAGCUUUGGAUGUGACAGUUCUUUUGGAGGCUUCCAGGGCUGCCUGAGGCUCAUCUCCAUUGGUGACAAAGUGGUAGAUCCAAUUGCAGUACAGCAGGGAGUGCUGGGGGGCUUCAGUGACCUCCAGAUAGACUCCUGUGGCAUCAUAGACCGGUGUUUGCCCAGCUACUGUGAGCAUGGGAGUAGAUGUACCCAGUCAUGGGAUACCUUCUCCUGUGACUGUGAAGGCACGGGCUACACUGGAACAACCUGCCAUUCCUCCAUCUAUGAACAGUCUUGUGAAGCCCACAGGCACAGAGGGAGCCCUUCUGGACUUUACUACAUUGAUGUAGAUGGAAGUGGACCACUGAUGCCGUUUCUUGUGUACUGCAAUAUGACAGCAGACACAGCAUGGACUGUUGUUCAUCAUGGAGGGCCCGAUGUAGUGACGGUCAGAGGUGGCCCAGAAGGACACAUGCGUUCUGCAGCCUUCUCCUAUGCUGCCAGUGCAGCACAGCUGCAUGCUGUGGUAGAUGUUGCAGAUCACUGUGAGCAGCAGGUGGACCUACAAUGCAGGACCUCAGCAUCCUCAAAUACAGAAGAUGGAACCUCACUGAGCUGGUGGGUUGGAAGAACCAAUGAAACAUACACUUACUGGGGAGGUUCUCUGCCUGAUCCUCAAAAGUGUACUUGUGGAUUAGAAGGGACCUGCAUUGAUUCUCAAUACCACUGCAACUGUGAUGCUGACCUCAGUGAAUGGACCAGUGGCACAAUAGUCCUUUCUCAUAAGGAGCACCUGCCUGUCACUGAGAUGGUGGUGACAGACACAGGCCGACCACACUCUGAAGCUGCUUAUACACUGGGGCCUUUGCUUUGCCAGGGAGACAAGUCAUUUUGGAAUUCAGCUUCCUUUAACACUGAGGCUUCAUACCUUCAUUUCCCAACCUUCCAUGGAGAGCUCACUGCUGAUGUGCACUUCCUUUUUAAGACCACCAUUUCCUCUGGUGUAUUCAUGGAGAAUCUGGGAAUCACUGACUUCAUCAGAAUAGAGCUGCGUGCUCCCACAGAAGUGACCUUUUCUUUUGAUGUUGGGAAUGGACCUUGUGAGCUCACUAUACAGUCACCAACUCCCUUUAAUGACAACCGGUGGCAUCAAGUAAGGGCAGAAAGGAAUGUUAAGGGAGCGGCUCUCCAGGUAGAUCAGCUCCCUCAGAAGACACAGCCCACUCUUGCUGAUGGACAUGUUCGACUACAACUCAACAGCCAGCUCUUCAUUGGGGGGACGGCCAGCAGGCAGAAGGGCUUCCUGGGAUGUAUCCGGUCCCUUCAGGUGAAUGGAAUGACACUGGACUUAGAGGGAAGGGCUGUAAUGACACCAGGAGUGGAGCCAGGAUGCUCAGGUCACUGCAGCAGCUAUGGACACCUGUGUCGCAAUGGAGGAAAGUGUCUAGAGAAACACAGAGGGAUUGCUUGUGACUGUGCCUUCUCUGCCUACGAUGGACCACUGUGCUCACAUGAAAUUUCUGCAUAUUUUGAAAUGGGUUCUUCAGUGACCUAUAAUUUCCAAGAACAUUCCCCCCUGAGUGAAAACACCAGCUCCCUGGCUUCUUCAUUGCAUGGGGAUGUCAUACUGUCCAGAGAAACCAUCACACUGAGCUUCCGAACCACACAGACACCAUGCUUAUUGCUUUAUGUGAGCUCUUUCUAUGAGGAAUACCUUUCAGUUAUCCUGGCCAACAAUGGAAGUUUACAGGUGAGGUACAAGCUGGACAGACAUCGGAAUGCAGAUGCUUUCAACUUUGACCUUAGAAACUUAGCAGACGGUCACUUUCACCAGCUGAUGAUUAACAGAGAAGAAGCAGUAGUCUCUGUAGAGGUUAACCAGAGUACAAAGAGACAAGUCAUCUUGUCCUCAGGGACUGAAUUCAAUGCUGUCAAAUCACUCAUAUUGGGAAAGGUUUUAGAACCGCUGGAUACUGACCCUGAAAUGCAGCAGGCCGCUGCUCAGGGCUUCACAGGCUGCCUCUCUUCUGUGAGAUUUGGCUUGGAAGUCCCACUGAAGGCUGCACUGAACCAGGACCUGGCCAGAGUCACUAUUCAAGGCGGUGUGGCUGCUGCAGCUCAUUGUGCAGAGGGCCCUGGCUCUGCAGUGAGAAAACUGUCGCCAGUGCCCUCUCUGGGUGCAGGUCAUUCUGGAUCCGCAGAAGAUAGACGGCCUCUUUCUAACACAAACAGGAGUGACCCUGGGGUCAUCGGAGGAAUAACAGCAGUUGUGAUAUUUAUUUUGCUCUGUGUGUCUGCCAUAGCCAUACGGGUUCAUCAACAGAAAAGAUUACGCCAAAAAAAUGAGUCAACACUCUCAAAAACUGAAGAGUGCUAAGACUGCUCUCAAAAGUGAAAUAUGAGUUGAAACAGAAGCAGUCCUCUUAGGUGGCUAUAGCUGGUUUUCCUCUUGACAAUCCCAUUCUUCCUGUGCCAGAGAGUGGCCAGCACCAGUUUACAGAGGACUAACAGUCUCAGUCUCCAGGAGGCUAAGCUGUUUUCCUCAGCAAAACUCCCCUCCUAGCAAUUUACUAGCAAGGGAAUGGGGUCAUUAAUCAUGGUGGAGUAGUUUCCCCAGGUAGAAUGCUCUUUUCCAAAUAGGGCUUUAAUUUGUGUAAUGGUUAUGAAUUUUUAGCUGAAAAACUAAGUAGCCAUCAAGUUAUGAUCCUGCUUAGAAAAUGGGACAGAACUUUUAUUCAGAUAAAAUUAAAACAGUUGUUGGCUGGUUGGUUUUGGUUAUUGUUGUUAUUGUUGUUGUUACUUGAAAGCUUAUCUGGGAUCUCUUUGUUGUUCUUCUGUCGACAUGUAUAAAAUAGAGCUAGUUAGCCUGCAUCUCCAUGGUCUUGGAAUGCAGGGUCAAGUGCCCUGUUUUUAAAAAAAAAAAAUGACAGCAACUUUCCUGUUUGCUGGCCAAUACAAAGAGAGGCCUGGAAAUAUUUUUGGUGUGUUGCUUUUUUCUAGUUGACUGUUUCUAAUAAUUUUGAUAAAUUUCAAAGUUGAAACUGGUAUUGAAUGUUAUGAAAUUUUAAUGUUGGUUUUUGUAGUGGGACAGAAAAUUAAUAGGUAACAAGAUGUAUGCCUAGUGAAUAGCCACUAAAAAAGGAUGCUGUCUUCUUUGUAAUUUGUAAUUACAGGUUUUUAUAAAUUAUGAUCAUGUUUUAAACUAAAUUUAUAGCCAUGUAUACUGUUUCUUACUCAAGAACACCCAAGUCAAAUAUAACCUUGAACUUAUUUACUCCCAAUUAUUGAAAGAAUCUGUCAGCUUUUCUUUAUUAUUCU